UUAUUAUUAUCUCAACCAUAAUGGAUGUCAAUCUUGCGUUUAAAUUGCUCUUCGUACUGAACUUAUUCAGCCUUGUUAUUUCAGAACAUCGUUGGUUUGUGCGUAACUCCAUUCCUGGAAAGCGAAGAAACUACAUGUUUCGUCUUUCACCCAAACAUCCUAAUGCUGGACGACAUAAAGUAGAAGAAAAUUCUCGAAAAAGAUAUUUAUACAGCACAAAUAACAUGUUCGACCCAGAACAAGGGUUCAUUGAAACAUAUUAUCAGCAAUUGUCCCCAAACAAUAAGUAUUCAGGUUACCCAUACCCUCAGAUUCAAUAUGGAGCUGCCACACCAGGCCCAAUGCACGAUCCAGUUUACGAUGAUAUCCUCCAAGAGGUUUCAAAACCGAUUCGGAUAGGAAAUACGAUAAUUCCACCAUAUCAUAGAGAAGAUCGCUUGCAGGAUCAAACAACAAACUCUAUUGAAGAAGCAGCCAAACUUUUUCACCAGGCUUCUACAGAUAUGAACAACAUGGAGUUAGCAUCACUUGUUCUAUAUCCAGUUCCUAAAUCAAAUGAUUAUGAGACGAGUAAUAAAAAACGACGAAGUCGCAAGAAACUGAAAGCAGUAAAUGAAGAGCAUUAUGACAGAAAACCACAAACAAAGGAGGACUCAAAAGACACAAGUUCAGAUCUUGCAAAUAAGCAUGUAAAAACUCACAAGCUCAAGUACUCAGUUGAGGAAACAAAAGAAAAACAAAGAAUUGAUGAUGAAAAGCCAGAAAGCAUAAGAGAAAUAAAUGUAGAUGCUCAUAAUAAACAGAUUGAAAACAAACUGCGUGUUUAUAAGAGUGGAAACAAACAAACUAAUGCGAAACCAAAACACACAAUUGAUUUGAAAAAUUACGAGGUUGAUGAGAAAGAAAGUAAAAAAAAACAACGCAAAGAAAAAAAUACUAAAAAACAUGGUGACGAUGAAAUGAAUUCAAAUUAUCGAGCGGACACUUGGGUUGAAGAAGAUGUACCGACUAGCGAUGAAAAUAAUGGUUUGAUUUAGGCGAAAAGAUCUUCCGCAAACAGAUGUGUAUCUGAUUGCAAUAAAUUAAAAAUUACAAAGUUGUAAAUAACUCUGUUGGUGCUGGCAAAUAACUUUUCACUAUAAGAAAUCAAAAUGGAAGCAGGUAUACUUAAAAAAAGAGAGUUUUGAAGAUUUGAGAAAUCUUUCCCAACGACCAACGACGGAUUUGUUUGAUUGUAAAGAAUUGUAAAUAGUGAAGAAAAUAAUCGUGAUUUUACGUGUAUAUAAUGGGUCUUAUAAGGAGUCUGGAACAGAAUUACGUUGUAUAAUGGAAAUUAGAAAAUUAGAUCUAUGUAUAACACUUUUAAAAAAUUUUCCUCCAGUGCACGCAAGCUUUUAUCAUAUUAUAGCAGGAUUCGUAAAUUAAACUUGUUUUACAUUUAAAA